UGCCCUGGUCCCAAGAUUCUGCGUAAGCCUCACCAAGAUGAAGCUGCCAGGCCAGGAGGAGUUUGAAGCCUCCACUGCUUCUGAAAAUGCCCCUGCAGAGCAACUAGAUAAUGGCACUGGCUCGGAGGGCCCCCCAGAUACAGGCAGCAGGGAACUAGCGGUCCCCAAGAACCCUCUGCUCUUCAUUCAGCUGAAUGAACUGCUGGGCUGGCCCCAGGCUCUGGAGUGGAGGGAGACAGGCAGGUGGAUGCUGUUUGAGGAGAAACUAGAGGUGGGUGCAGGCCGGUGGAGCACCCCCCAUGUGCCCACCCUGGCACUGCCCAGCCUCCAGAAACUCCGCAGCUUGCUGGCUGAGGGCCUUGUACUGCUGGACUGCCCAGCCCAGAGCCUCCUGGAGCUUGUAGAGCAGGUGACCAGAGUCGAGUCACUGAGUCCAGAGCUGAGAGGGCAGCUACAGGCUUUGCUGCUGCAGAGACCCCAGCACCAUAUCAAGACCACAGGCAUCCAGCGCUGGCGAGGGUCUCCCCACCCAAAGGAGGCUUCUCACGACGAAGAAGCCCCCCUGAAGGAACAGCGUCAGAACCCCCUGAGACAGAAGCUGCCUCCGGAGGCCGAGGCAGGGGCUGUGCUGGCCGGAGAGCUGGGUUUUCUGGGGCAGCCACUGGGGGCCUUUGUGCGCCUGCGGGACCCAGUGGUGCUGGGGCCCCUUACGGAGGUGCCCCUCCCCAGCAGGUUUUUCUGCCUCCUGCUCGGCCCCCCAAUGCUGGGAAGGGGCUACCACGAGAUGGGCCGUGCGGCUGCAGUCCUCCUCAGUGACCCGCAUUUCCAGCGGUCAGCGCGGCGGGCCAGCAGCCACCAUGACCUCCUGGCAGCCUUGGACUCCUUCCUAGAGGAGGUGACGGUGCUCCCGCCAGGUCGGUGGGACCCGACAACCCGGAUCCCACCCCCCAAAUGCCUGCCCUCUCAGCAAAAACGAUCCCUCUCACAGCUGUGGGGGGCUAAGGACCCCUCCGUCCCUUGCGGGGCUCCAGCUGAGGACAGGCAUGGCCGUGGGCCGCACGCGCCCAACCCAGAGUUACAGCGGACCGGCAGGCUGUUCGGUGGACUUGUGCAGGACGUGCGCCGGAAGGCCUCGUGGUAUCCUAGCGAUUUCUCGGACGCCCUGCACCUCCAGUGCGUUUCGACUGUGCUCUACAUCUACCUGGCCACCGUGACCAACGCCAUCACUUUUGGAGGGCUGCUGGGAGAUGCCACCGAUGGUGCCCAGGGGGUUCUGGAGAGCUUCCUAGGCACAGCGGCAGCCGGAGCGGCCUUCUGCCUGAUGGCGGGCCAGCCUCUUACCAUCCUCAGUAGCACUGGGCCGGUGCUGGUCUUUGAGCGCCUGCUGUACUCCUUCAGCAGAGAUCAUGGCCUAGACUACCUGCCCUUCCGUCUGUGGGUCGGUAUCUGGGUGGCUACCUUUUGCCUGGUAAUGGUGGCCACGGAAGCCAGUGUGCUGGUGCGAUACUUCACCCGCUUCACCGAGGAAGGCUUCUGUGCCCUCAUCAGCCUCAUCUUCAUCUACGAUUCUGUGGGCAAAAUGCUGAACUUGGCCCAUGCUUAUCCCAUCCAAAGGCCUGGCCCUGCCUAUGGCUGCCUCUGCGAGUUCCUGGGCCCAGAAGGAAAUGAAUCUCAAUGGCAAAAGACGAGGUCAAAGGGCACUGAUGACAUCAUAAGCAUGGACCUAGGCCUGGUCAAUGCCUCACUGCUGCCCCCAACUGAGUGUGUCCAGCGGGGAGGUCACCCUCGUGGCCCUGGCUGUCAUACGGUCCCAGACAUCACCUUCUUUUCCCUCCUCCUCUUCCUUACCACUUUCCUCUUUGCCACGGCCCUCAAGCAUAUCAAGACCAGCCGCUUCUUUCCCGCCGUGGCACGCAAGGUACUCAGCGACUUCGCCUCAGUUUUGGCCAUCCUGCUGGGCUGUGGCCUUGACGCCUUCCUGGGCCUGGCCACACCGAAGCUCAUGGUGCCCCAAGAGUUCAAGCCUACCCUCUCGGGGCGUGGCUGGCUGGUGUCACCCUUUAGAGCCAACCCCUGGUGGCUCAGCUUGGCGGCAGUCCUGCCUGCCCUGCUGCUUUCGAUCCUCAUCUUCAUGGACCAGCAGAUCACGGCCGUCAUCCUCCACCGAGCCGAGUAUCGACUACAGAAAGGGGCUGGCUUCCACUUGGACCUCUUCUGUGUGGCCGUGUUGCUGCUGCUCACCUCAGCACUGGGGCUGCCCUGGUAUGUCUCAGCCACGGUCAUCUCCCUGGCCCACAUGGACAGUCUUCGCCGGGAAAGCAGAGCCUGUGCCCCCGGAGAGCCGCCCCGCUUCCUGGGUAUCAGGGAGCAGAGGCUGACGGGCUUGGUGGUGUUCGUUCUCACAGGCGUCUCCAUCUUCCUGGCACCUGCGCUCAAGUUCAUCCCGAUGCCGGUGCUCUAUGGUAUCUUCCUGUACAUGGGGGUGGCAGCACUUAGCAGCAUCCAGUUCACCAAGAGGGUGCAGCUACUGUUGAUGCCGGCCAAACACCAGCCAGAUCUGCUGCUCCUGCGGCAUGUACCUCUGAGCAGGGUCCACCUGUUCACGGCCAUCCAGCUGGCAUGCCUGGGACUGCUCUGGACCAUCAAGUCCACCCCUGCGGCCAUCGUAUUCCCCCUCAUGCUGCUGGGCCUGGUGGGGGUCCGAAAGGCACUGGAGUGGGUCUUCUCACCCCAGGAGCUCCUUUGGUUGGAUGAGCUGAUGCCAGAGGAGGAGCGGAGCAACCCCGAGAAGGGGCUGGAGCCAGAGCACUCCUUUAGUGGAAGUGACAGCGAGGAUUCGGACCUGAUGUAUCAGCCAAAGGCCCCAGAAAUCAACAUCUCGGUGAACUAGCUGGAGUAGAAGAAGGCUCCUGGGGGUGGAGACCCCACACUGCUGAGCAUGAGUUCACAGGUACCAGGUACCCAGGACGUCUGGAGAGUGCUGGCCUUUGAUAUAACUGCUGGAUACUCAGUCCACUAGGGACCUAGAACAAUUGGGCAGAACUGGGGGUCACCUUGGUCAUACUCCUAAGAGGAGGUGGAAAUGGCAGGAACAGCACAUUUGCUGUGUGGGUAGGAGAGGUUGGUGAGGGACUGACUGGGCCCCAUUCACUGUCUAACCCCUUAAAGGGAGCUGAGAUCAGAAAUCCUUCUCAUUUAUAAAUUCCCUUCUACAGAAUCAAGUUGUUAGGAAACACUUUUGUGCUUGCAUAAAGGAGAAAAAGGUCCCUCUUUCCAAAAUAAUUACUUUUGCUUGGAACAGGUUUUACAUGUGCAAAACUAAUCUUUAUUGCUGUUUUUUGUGUUUCUGAUCACAAAAGUCAGCGUGAUUGCCUCAAAAUAUUGAGACACUACUAAAGUUCAAAAUUUUGAAAUAGAAAUCAACCCAGUGGUAGCUAGUAUUUGCAUUUUUUGUGUAUAACAUUGUUCUGACUUAUUUCAAAUGGACAUAUUAACAUUUUAAUUAAAAUUGUAUCAAGCUGACAGUUCUGCAACAUGCGUGUCACUUACUAUGCCUGCCCUGGAUGUUUGCACACGUCAGUGCACACGUCAGCCUCAGCUCUUUGCCAUCCACCUAGAAUGCUGCUCAACAUGUCCAGUUGAACUUAUCAUUGUGUUCCCAAAGACCACGUCUAUUUGAUUUUCUCCUUUUUGUUAUUGCCUUUGUUUUACUUUGGGUGACUGUUAUUGUGGUAAAAUACCCAUCACAUAAAUUUUACCAUUUUAAGGAUUUUCAAGCGUACUUAAAAUGCCUUUUAGAUGGAUAAAUAUGUUUUUUAAAGAAAAUGUAAAAUGCCUUCUUCAAGUGCAAGAGUUUCUCCAGGCUUACAUACCUAGGAGUGGAACCAAAUAACAACAAAAAGAACACCUAUACAUCCAACACUUAGAAAGGAAAUACUUCCAGUGCUGCAGACAUUACUGAUGACACUUCCCCCUGCCAUUAUAUCAUUCCCAAAUUUUAUCCUACCCACGAUUGUAAAUUUUAUGGUAAUUAAUCUGUCUUUAUGUUCCAAUGUCAACUUAUGUAUCCUUCUGCAUUUAUUACUUUUGGCUGCUAUAUAAAUGGAAUCAUAGGACAUGAA